GGUCCUCGCCGCCGGCUUUGCUGAGACUCGCUCGCGUGGGCUGCCGGCCGCAGGCCCGCAGUGGCCGCGGGGCAUGAAGGGCGUUCUGGGAAGUCCCGUGGCCGCGGCCGCCGCCGGCGCCGCGAUGCAGGAGAGUUUCGGCUGCGUCGUGGCCAACCGCUUCCACCAGCUGCUGGACGACGAGUCGGACCCGUUCGACAUCCUGCGUGAGGCCGAGCACAGGCGCCAGCAACAGCUGCAGCGCAAGAGGCGCGACGAGGCGGCGGCGGCUGCCGGGGCCGGCAACCGCGGCGGCAGGAGCCCGGCCGGGGCCUCGGGCCACAGACCUGGCGCGGGUGGCGGCCGGAGGGAGUCCCAGAAGGAGCGCAAGAGCCUCCCGGGCCCCGGCGCGCCGCAGCCGGACAGCCCCGGGGUCGGCCCGCCGCCCCCUGCAGGCCAGAAGCGAGCUCCCAGAAGAGGGGAGCAACAGGGAUGGAAUGACAGCCGGGGGACAGAGGUGACGCUUGACAGAGCAGAGCGGAGAUCCUACAGGGAAUAUCGACCCUAUGAGACUGAGAGACAGGCCGACUUGACACCUGAGAAGUUCACAGAUGAAAAACCCAUUGACAGGUUUGAUCGGGACAGACCACUGAGAGGCCGUGGAGGCCCCAGAGGGGCCAUGCGAAGCCGAGGCAGAGGUGGCCCCGGGAACAGAGCUUUUGACGGUUUUGACCAGAGAGGAAAACGAGAUUUCGAGAGAGCAAUCAGAACUGAAGACAACAUGGGUGGAUGUGGAGUUCGAACCUGGGGAUCAGGUAAAGAUACCAGUGACAUGGAGCAGACUGCACCAAUGGAAGAGAUCACAGCGGUAGAAGAGUCCCCAGGCCCUCUGGAGGAGGAAUCUCCAGACAAAGUUCCUGAGUUGGAGUUAGAAGAAGAAACUCAAGUUCAAGAGAUGACCCUCGAUGAGUGGAAAAAUCUUCAAGAACAGACCAGACCAAAGCCUGAGUUUAACAUCCGAAAACCUGAGUCCACUGUCCCUUCCAAAGCAGUGGUGAUACACAAAUCCAAGUAUAGAGAUGAUAUGGUAAAGGAUGACUAUGAAGACGAUGCCCAUGUUUUCCGGAAAGCAGCCAAUGACAUCACAUCCCAGCUGGAGAUUAAUUUCGGUAACCUCCCUCGUCCUGGGCGUGGAGCCAGAGGUGGCCCACGGGGAGGCCGGGGAAGGAUCAGAAGGGCAGAAAACUAUGGACCCAGAGUGGAAGUGGUGACACAAGAUGUUGCUCCCAACCCAGAUGACCCUGAGGAUUUUCCUGCUCUGGCUUGAGAGAGCCCUGUUUCCCUAGCAACCUGACACCGUGUCUGCGUACCUAUGAAGAGACUUUUCUUGCCGUGAGGAAGAGUCAGACUCUAAGAACAAUAGAUGUUGCUUUUUCCCGUGUAGUGUGAAUUUGUUGCACUUUUUUGGCCUGGGAGCUAUGGGAUCGGGAUUUCUCCAGACACAAGAGCAGCAGUUCCAGCCAGGGGGUUAGUCUGGCACUUUCCCAAGAGGGUGGAGAAUGGUGAUUAUUUUUUUAUUGAAGGAAUCCCAAAUGAAGUUCAGAAAUAAUAUUUAAAAUGUAUAUAUAGAGAUUGUAUUGAAUCCUCCACGGAAACCAGGAGAGUAAAGAUGUAAAAUAGAAUCUACUGAGCCGGCUCUGUAAACUGUAUAGGCCAGAGGGCUGUGUUCUUUAAUGCCAGAGGAAACACACAUAGCGAGGUCACAGCCUACUUUUCAGAGACAGGGGAAUUAAACUAUAAAUGUACUGACUGUUUACUUGUAAAUGUUAUACUCUCCUGGAAAUUUUUUGAGUUCUGGUUUUCACGUAACCAAUAAUUUUAAGCAGCUAGUGCGCGGCUACUGGCUUCCACUCUAUGACAGAGAACUAGGAAAAGUAUUAAUUUUUUUAAUGGUGAUUUAAACUACCUCGUGGUUUCUGUGUGUGUAUGUACACACACAUACACACAUGCUUAGUAUAAAUGUGCAUAUUUAGGGUUUGGGUGGUUUUUAGGAUGAGUAUCAAGCAUACGAUUUUUAAAAUCAUGUUAUUUAACCCAUCAAUGAAGUGAGAGGGGGGUCCAGGCAAGAGUAUUGUAACUUACCACCGUAUCCUUUUCUCCCUCAAAACUAGUAUUUGAACUCGACGCCCAUGUACAGAUGUCCUCUGUCCUUGUCCUGGCAAGAUUUGUAAAUAGUAUUUAUUGAACGCCGUGUGCGGUUUUUCUCACUCAGCCCUUAUACCAGUUUGAGUUCCUCUUUCUUGCCUUUGGCGAGCGUUUGGGGUUAGGGGACACCUUGGAGGUUCAGUAAGUCACUUAGUAAGUCACUGAGUCCUGCCCUGCCCAACAGAGCAACCCCUGAAGAGCCCGCUUGAAGAGCCCACGCCAGCGGGCUGAGCGCUCCAGGGCAGGGCCUAGGGCCAAGGCAGCUGGAGCAGCUGUGGGCAGCUCCGGUGAGGCUCUCCCCACUUUGCUGCAGAAACUCAAGAUAACAUUUGCCUGUUGUUACACAGUUACUCUGCUUGUGCUGGACCUGAACCCGGUCCCAAGAUCUGUGCUUUUUCCCCCACUUUGCUAUGCUGUUUAAGAUGGCUCUGACCUUGAACCCAAGUGUAAAUAAAGGUUGGUAUUCCCUCCUAA